AGAAAUGUAAUCAAAAGUUCAGUACGUUAAAAGCGAGCGAAAUAUAAAUAUAUACAAGUUCAAACGAAAAUCUGGCAUGCACAAAUCAGUAUAAAUAAAAACUACAGCUACGCACAUAUGCAUUUAGACACUACCACAUUAAUAUCACGACUUCACACACACUAUUUGCGCAAAGCGUUUCAGUCUCUCGAAGGCCGAGCCAUCGCUGGCACGUGACUUUCGUACGCUUGCCGGUAGUGAGUACCGGUAAACUUGUCUGACAAUAUUAUUUUUUUGAAGUGAUUUAUAACAAAUAUAGUUAAACAGUGAAAUUGUUUUAGUCAUAAACCAUUCUUUAAGGGUGAGGGACCAACGUGAACUACAAAUAUUGAGGCCAUAGAUCUCAACAGGAUGGCUGAUGAGAGAGAAGAUGAAGAUUUACCAACCAGUAGACUGAAAAAAGACGAUUUAAAUGGUACUAUCAAUGACAACGAUAUAGAAUCGGGUUAUUCUAAAAAGUUCCAUAAUAGAUCAAGAAGUCAGAGACAGAACUACAUAAUCAUAGCCGUAGUAAUGUUAAUACUCACACUAGUCUUGGCCCUAAUCGGGUUAUCGUAUUCCUAUAUAAAGCAAGACGCACCAUGUCCCACACAAGACGUCAAAUACAACGUCUGUACUACACCAGACUGUUUAAAAGCUGCCUCUUUAUUCAUGGAAUCAAUGAACAGAUCUAUAGACCCAUGCAAUGAUUUUUAUGAAUUUGCUUGUGGAAAUUACCCUAAAAAGGUAACAACACUUAAAACGUCAACAUCAAAUGAUAGAUUUGCAGAAUUAAAUUUAGAAAUUUUAAAGUGGAUAAGAGCUUAUAUGGAAAGAGAAGACUUGGAUUCAGAACCUUAUUCAGUAUCGCAGGCUAGACUACUGUACCGUUCCUGCAUGGCCACAGAUGAAAUGGACUCGAAGGGUCUGAAACCAUUAAUCGAUAUUCUAGAUAAAAUUGAAUUACCACGCAUAGGAAUAAUGAAUAAAAAAAUGAGAGAAUCUGCAAGUACUUCGAGGCUAUUAGCUCUUGCUAAGAGAUAUGUUGGCGUGAGUCAUCUGUUUCAAGCGGGCGUGCUAACAAAUUCAAAAAACCGAACUUAUAAUCGGAUUACGUUAUCCAAACCCAGUAGCACAACUGAUAUGUUUCCUGCUAAUAAAAUAGAUAAAAAAAUCACAAAAAUCCUUUCGAGGCGAACUAGAGAAACGUUAACUUCUGAAGAAAAUAUAGGAACCAGUGACAGUGAAGACGAGGAAAACGAUAAAGAAGCAGCAGACUUCAUAAAAUCAUUUGGAAAAUAUGUUAAAGGAGUAUGGCUAGAGAUAUACAAGUCACUUACCAACGAAACUUUACCUAACAAUUUCCGUUUAAGCGCUAAAAUUUUCAAUAUUUUAGAAUUUAACAAUCAAUUAACCGAAUUGACGGAGAAAGUUUACGACACUGAUGGAGACAGGCCAAUACUUUUGUCAGUCGACAAAUUACAGAAUUACUUUACAAACAACACUAAAAAUAUAAAUUGGCGGGAGUACUUCACAGUAUUAUUCGCAGAUGUGGAAAACGUAACGUUAGAUUUUUCAUCUGAUUUGAUAGAGCUUAAAAACGUAGAAUAUUUUGAAAAUUUAUUAGAAUUUUUAUCGACUACAACUAAAGAGGAAAGAAUUCUUAGUUUAUGGUGGCAAGUAGUUUCGGGGUUAAUUCAGUAUACAACGAAUCAUAUGAUAUUUAUUCAAAAUAGAUAUAUAUACGAAACAACUCAACUAGAAAACAACCCCUCUAGAUCACUUUAUUGUUCCUCAGCCGUGAAUCAAAUGAUGGGAAUGGCCGUUUCACAUUUAUUAGUUGAAUGGGAAACAACGAAUGAUUCCAUACAAAUGAUGAAUCACAUGAUGGACAAUAUUCAAUGGUCAUUCAAAAAAAUAGUAAAUGAUCUGGAUUGGAUGGACGAAGAAACAAAAAAAAGAACAUUAUAUAAAGCUAGCCAGAUGAAGACACUCAUAGGGUAUCCUGAAUUUAUAACAGAUCCAGAUUUACUCGAUGACUACUAUAUAGACUACAAUGUAACAGAAAAUGAUUUUUUUGAAAAUGUUAUAAAGUAUAUACAACAUAACGAGGAGUUAGAAUUAAAAUCCUUAAGAGAAAUUAACGAUUUUGAUAGGAGCACCAUGUGGUCAAUCGAUCCUUUGAAUGUCAACGCCUUUAAUAUACAACAAUAUAACAUUAUAAUUGUACCAGCUGGAAUAUUACAUUUUCCAUUUUUUGGUCAUGACUUACAAGUGCUAAACUAUGGUUUUUUGGGCUCAAUAUUGGGUCACGAAAUAACUCAUAGUUUUGAUAAUACUGGCAGAAAGUUUGACGAAGAUGGUAAUGAUAUCGUUUGGUGGACCAAUAAAACAAUUGAAGAGUAUGAAAAGGGAACGGAAUGUUUUAUUAAGCAUUACGAGUCUUUCCCUAUUCCUGGGACUGAUUCAGUAAAGGUUGAUGGCAGAUUAACUCUAGACGAAAACAUAGCUGAUAAUGGUGGAAUAAAAGAAGCUUUGAUGGGCUAUAGGAAGUAUGUCAGUGAUAACGGUGAAGAAUCCAGAUUACCCGGUUUAGAGGAAUAUAAUAAUGACCAGUUAUUCUUCUUAUCAUUUGCUAACUCAAAGUUCUGAAGAAAAUAUACGUGGAACAUUAUAACUAAUUGGUUAGUGUCUACUUGAUUAUAAAAUUGGUGCCUACUUAUCACCACAUUAAUGGUGCGUUACUGUCAAUGGUGUAACAAAAGUGGACACCGAACGAAUGCGACGCGCCACCACUUUGGACGAAAAGAAAUUCGUAACAACCUUAUAAAUUCCUGGUACAAUUAUCUGCCAUUUUUUGACACAACUCGUCUUUUUUUCUCCCAUAAUUUUUCUAUUAGUGUUGUUGGUUAAGUUGCCUACGGAAAACUCCUGAUUUUAUAAAAUAUAUAUUCAUUAAAAUUAACUAAAGAUUUUCUGAUUUCUGAUUAUUUGUCAAAGUUUGGUUUAUCGAAGAAAUUAUAUUUAUAGUACUAAUGAUCCAAUCUAUUCUAAUUUAAAUA